ACCUUGCCUGCGCCCGCCCGGAGCCAGCGGUUCUCCACUCACCCCGCAUCCAGUGAGACGCGCCGCGCACCAACGCCGACGGAGCGGACAUGGGCAGAGCGAUGGUGGCCAGGCUCGGACUGGGGCUGCUGCUUCUGGCGCUGCUCCUACCCACGCAGAUUUAUUCAAAUACAACAAAUAUGACAGCUGCAAACAACUCCUCCCAGAGUACCUCGACUGCUCCCAAUCCAGCUAAUACCACCACCACACCAACUGGCGGUGCUCUGCAGUCAACAGCCAGUCUCUUCGCAAUCUCGUUCUCCCUUCUACAGCUCUACUGUUAAA